AAAAAAAUUGAGAGAAAUAAAGUAUAAAGUGCAAAUAGGGUAGAUUUUGUGUGUAGGGAGUAAAAAUUCUCAAUAUUUUAUUACAAUUAAUUUAAGUAAUUAUUUUUGUUUACCAUUUUAAAAUUAAACUAGGAUAAAAGUGGCACAUGGAUGUGUGAAGUUUUAUAAAGUUCUAAAAAUAUAGGAGUUUAGAACUCAUUUGACACUUCUCUUACUUCUUUACAUUUUUAAUUAUUUAUAAUUUUAAAAACUUGUCUUAAAAACCUUUAUUGGAGGUUUUUAUAGACCAUCAGAAUUGGUUAAAAUGUUUUUUGUACAUUAAAUAAUAAAAGAAUAUGAAAAAAAGAAAGAAAAAUAGUAGAGAGGCACACGGAUCGUCUCUUCGUGAAGAAACUGCUAGAAUUGUAGCAAACUAUGUGCCAUUUCUCAGUUUAGUAUUAUACUAUUAGUUACUGUUUUUUGCUUAUAGUUAGUUUUGUGUGAGAGAUUUUAGUGGGUCUUUGCUGGGCGCCCUUAGAGCAUCAUUUGUAGUCGAUUUUUCAAAAUUAAUGAGAUGAUUGGUUGGACUAUACAUAUAGAUUGUAGAUGUGUAAUUUAUGAUGUAGUUUUUAUGGUUGUAGCUUUAUUUUUUCUGAUGUAGAUAAAUAUUACAAUUUCUAAAACACUGUAAUAGUUGUUUUAAGAAAUAAAAAUUAAAAGAUAGAAAAAGGAUGUAGACGUUAUAGCAAGACAUUAACUUUAAAAAUAAUGUUACAUCAUAACUGGUUAUGAUUAGUAUUUUAAAAGUAAAUAAAGCUAAAAUCCUAAGUUAAAACCCAACCAAUCAUUAUCUAAGCCUCUCAUAUUAUUAUAUUAAUAAUUUGACUUAUUAAUUAAUUUUAAAGUGUAAAAUAAAGUUAGAUAAAUUAAAAGAAGACACAUUGAUACUAUAGUUUCUUAAGAAUUGUGUAGUCUUUUCCUGCACAGAUUCUUUACCUUUUGAUGUUUCUCUCUCCUACUCUUUAGUUGUUUGUUAAUUUUUAUAGCAACAUACUCUUCAAAAAAACACUGAUGCGAGUGCUUUUAGAAUCUGAUAUUAAAAGGAAAAUUUGGACUCAUGUACAUAAUAGAAAAAAAAAUUAACGCAAUGCACACAACAAUGAAGAGGGUACGAUAUGCUAUAUAAUAUCAUGUAAAGUGCCAAAAUUACCCUUACCUGCUGCGAGUGGAAAUGAAAGACGUGUCUUAACUCAUCUUUACCCUAGAAACUGAAGUUUUUUGCUGUUGCUUCUCCCUAAGAACACGAUUUGGAGGGAUCAAGUGUGCAUCGAAGAUGGAGAAGCACAAAACUUUUACUCUGUGACAACGUGUGCGUCAUACCGACAGAAGUGGACUACGAAAAGUUAGGUUAAUUUCACGGUAGCGCGAGUUUCUAACAAAAAACAUCGAAUCAAGGUACGCCCAGUUUGAUUGAUCUCGAAGCCAUCCCGCCAUGUAUUAAACAAACUUAGGAACCUCUGUUAAUUUUUCAGAUCUGGUUGGAAGGGGUUCCCAUCGGGCAACGAAAAAGGUAAAGUGACAUGAUUUUUUUUCUUUUCCAAACUCAGUUAUGAUUUUCCUAUUUGGGUCCUUGGAGCUCUCCAUGUCUAUGUCUGUGUUGUCUUCGUCUGUUGUCCAACAUGAGUUUCUGGGUUUGGGUGUGGGAGAAAGUGAUGUAUGAAGUAAUAUGACUAGAAUAUUCUAGAGAUUAUAAUAGUUUAGUUACAAGGUUAAGAUGAAAUAGUUCAAUCUACAAAUAUAGACCGCCCUAUACAAAUCCGCAUGUAUCCCUAUGAUUAACGUUAAUUCUUCGCUUACAACAUAUGUAAACUGUUCGUAUUAUAUUUUACACCAUAUGGUUGUGUCUUGUUUUGAAAGUAUGUUGUAUAGUAAAUAGUCUUACUAUAUUCCAUAUGUGUUAAUGGUAUAUUAUAUAUUAUAUCACUCACCUGUCCUGCUUCAGUGUUUUUGUAUAAUAUAGUGGUAAACAAAUGUCUAGCGUUUUUACUUGUAUAUGCCUUUGUACUGACUUGAAAUAUUUUCUUUCCAUGUCUAUGAUGGAGGAGUUAGGAUUGCCAGAGUGUUUGUAUACAGUGGAAGCGUUCUCAACCUUCAACUUUGCACAACUUGCACCGUUGGCAUCUCAACCGCAAUGGCUUCGAGAAAUGUUGUAACCGUAUUCUUUAUGUUGUAUUUUCUACUAUGUCGCUUGACAUUAACUGGUCUACUAAACUUUGUAUGCCUCCCAUAUUUUUUUGCUUCACUUGCUUACACAUUAUUUUCUUUGUUCAUCUUCACUUUAACCAACAUUUACAAGUAUGGAAUCUUUAUUUCAUUGAGUCUUAAAUUUUCCUUUCUUGCCCACUUUCUUUUACUCGCAUUAGUAGGUAACGAUUUAGAUGGCGCUUUGGCAUUAAUAUUUAUUGUGUCUUUCUCAAAGACAACAAGUUCAUCUCCUAAAACGCUUAUAUCCUUCAUGCAGUCAAAUUAAGCGACCAUCACAACAUAUCACCACAUUACUAUAUUAAAAACGAUUAUAGAAUAAACUAAUUAAGAGAUUGACGAUACAUCUAUAUAGAUGCACACAUGGGCAGAGUUCAUUGCCGCGUUUUAUUAACACAAAACACACUCUAAAAAACAAAACGGUCUCAUUUGUAUGUAAAUUGUCCUAUCCACCAAAGCUACAGUUAUAUUCUUCAUUUUAACUCUUCUUAUGAAUAUCUAGCAAAUUCACCCAUGUUAAAAUCUCAUUGCUAAAUAUAAAAAUGACAUAAAAUAUAUUACAUAUUUAAAGUCUGUUAAUAUCAUAAAAAUAUUACAGUUAUUAUGUCUAUUUGAUUAUUGUUCUGAAAAUAAGUGUUAAAAAUGAAAAAAACAUAAAAAUAAGUUAAUAAGUUAAUUGUUUUUAUCUUUUAAGUUAACUAGUUUUGAAUAGUUACAUAACUGAAAAUUAUCAUGUAUGAUUUUAUCAAAAAUCGAAAUAUUUAUAAAUUUAAUAAUAUUUUAUAGUUAAUUAUAAGUAAAUACAUAUAUACAGCACUGUACCACACUAACAAGUAAUAGUGUGUGAAAGUUGCGUUAUUCGGAUGAAAUAAACAGACAAAAAUAUUUUGUGACUGCAUUACUUUGUAAAAAACAUUCUUGAGAUUGCAUUUUUACUUGUUACUGCUGACAUUUAUAGUUUUAAAAUCACAUCAAUUCCAAAUAUGCACCGCACUAUGGUUGCUGACAUUUAUAACUUCAAAACGAUAUCAAUUCCAAAUAUGCACCGCACUAUGGUUUCCGUUCAUAACCUAAAAGAUACACAUCUCGAUGACAUGAUAAUAAUUUUAAUAAUAUGAUAUAAAAUUGAUAAUAUUUUAUGACAUUAAUAAAUAAUAAUACUGACGGUAUCUCAAUAUAUCUCCUUCUCUUUGCCCUCUAUUUCAUGCCUUCACCAGUUUUCCCUCCUUAUAUAUAGAGACAGAGCUACGUGACUCAAACACAAUAGUUUCUCUGUUUCAUUAAACACUCAAAAAAAAAAAAGUUGAAAAGUGUACAAUGGUGGGAACAUUCAACCGUGCGGGUGACGUAAGAGCAUUCGACGAGAUGAAAAUCGGCGUGAAGGGUCUCGUCGACGCUGGAAUAAAAAAAAUCCCACUCAUAUUCCAUAACCCGCAAGCCACGGUAACUAAUCCUAAACCUCCUUCUACGUUGACUAUCCCAACAAUAGAUAUGGGAGGUGGCGUGUUCGAGUCCACGGUCGCAAGAAAGGAAGUGACUGAGAAGGUUAAAGACGCCAUGGAGAAGUUUGGUUUUUUCCAAGCGAUUAACCAUGGGAUUCCUCUCGAGGUCAUGGAGAAGAUAAAAGAAGGGAUCCGUGCGUUUCACGCGCAAGAUCCAGAAGCGAGGAAAAGGUUCUAUAGCCGUGAAAAAACCAAAGCCAUUAAGUAUAACUCUAACUCUGAUCUCUAUGACUCUCCUGCUGCGAGCUGGAGAGAUACCUUAAGUUGUUUUAUGUUCCCUGAUGUUCCCAAAACCGAUGACUUACCAGAUAUUUGUAGGGAGAUCAUGUUGGACUACUCAAAGAGAGUGAUGAUGUUUGGGGAGUUAAUAUUUGAGCUCAUAUCAGAAUCCUUAGGGCUGAAGCCUAACCACCUCAAAAAAAUGGAUUGUGCAAAAGGUUUGUUGAUGCUCUGUCAUUGUUACCCGCCGUGUCCUGAGCCAGACCGAACGCUCGGCGCCACUCAGCAUACAGACAGAUCUUUCAUCACUAUACUUCUUCAAGACCAUAUUGGAGGACUUCAAGUUCUCCAUGAUGGAUACUGGAUCGAUGUUCCUCCUAAUCCUAAUGCUCUUAUCCUUAACGUUGGUGAUCUACUACAGCUUAUAACGAACGACAAGUUUGUGAGUGUGGAGCAUAGAGUUUUGGCAAAUGGAGGUGAAGAGCCGCGCACUUCGAUUGCAUCUUUCUUUGUGCAUCCUCCUUCAACAAGUCCGAGAGUAUAUGGACCCAUCAAAGAGCUUUUGUCAGAAGAAAACCCUCCCAAGUACAGGGAAACAACUUCAGAAGCCUCCAACCACUAUGUGGCUAGAAAACGUGAUGGGAACAAUUCGUUGAGCCAUUUAAGGAUUUGAACAAAACGGGUGAACCUGAUCAGAAUCUCUGUUGUUGUUUCCAAUAAUAUUUUAGUACACACAUGCACAAUAUGGUUUCUGAAAUUACUAUGGUUUUUUUUACGUUUGAGAAAAAUAAUAAACUAGAUGUUGUAGUUCCAAUAAAAUGUUUAUCACGUUUGAUCUAAUAAAGAUAUUACCGUCUAUUAUUUAAGAAUACUCUGAAUUAAAGGAAUUGAAGAAAAUGGAAUGUCAACAAAUGGAAUGACAGAAGUUAUAAAAUGGAAUGAGAGAAGUUACAAAAUGUCCAUUAUUGCAAUGCUACCAGAAGACAAAGUAAACCAUUAUAGCAAGUGUCUGUUAAGUUGAUGACAAAAAAAACCAUUAUAGCAAGUUCUAAACAAUCUAAACACAAAAAAAAACAGUAUUUUCAUAAUACGGUUAAGGUCAUUGUUCAAAACUGAUUAUAUAUAUUAGCAAACAAUAUAGAUGGUGCAAAUAAAUCAGAAAUGCCUCUAAGACGAGGUGGAACAAAAUUGAAUACAUAUAUCAAAAUAGAUUUACUAAUUCUCUUGAAAGUUAUAAAUUUAAUGGUUUUAAACCCAAAAUAAACUUUAGAUAACCAAGAUAAAUUAUUAUCCAAAUCAUAACAAAGACUCAAUUAUUUUUAUUCAUUUUGCUUAUCAUGUUAUAGUAUUUUUAGAUAACAAAGAAAAAGAUCACACAUUUGGUCUUGCUUUGAUUUCAUUCAGAAAAGAAGAAAAUUUAGGAACUGAAAAUUAAACAAUUAAUAUGAAUUAUAGUUUUAUAACAGAUGUCAAUAUAUAAUAUAUCGAAUAUAUACUUACAAAAUUAUAAUUGAAAUUAUAAAAAUUUAGGAAACAAAACCAAAAUAAUAUGCAUGUACACUGUAGGCAUAGAGUUCUAGCCAGUAUAAAUCUCUCUUUCUAAAAUGUAGAAGCACUAUAUCUAAGUAUUACAAGUAUACAUAUCUCUCUUUUUGAAAAAUGUAGGAACAUUAUAUUUAAUUAUUACAAAUUAUUUCAAAAAAAAAUAAUACAAAAUGUUACAAAGUACUCGGAUAAAUUUUUUUAAUAUAUUCUUAUCCAUAUAUUUGAAUUUUAUUUUAUUUUAAAUGUUGAUCUUAAUAAAAAUAUCACACAUGAAUAAAUGUGAGUUUGUUAACCAAUCCGGGUUUUUAGGAGUCGAUGUUAUAUUAUGAAUGAUAUAUUAUUAAUCUAUAUUAUUAGUAAUAAAUGAAUGAUUACUGAUUUUUAGUGAGGGUCCAUUUUUAAAAAAAUCACACAUGAAUCAAAAUUGUGACUUCUGUUUUAAUAUAUAAGAUAUAUUGUUGAUUAUGAAUCUUAUAUAUCAUCAACGUUAGACCAUGAGUUUUUUAUGUAACAGCCUAGCUAAAUAAUCAGAACAGAAUAAGCUCAAAUUAGUUUGAUAAUUUCAUGUUAUAGUUUGUUUUACGUUAGGUUUAGAGUUCAAUAAUAACUGCAGGGACUGCAAUUUUAUGAAGAAAGGUUAAUAGCUAUGCUAUGCUGGUAGGGGGCUGAUUAAUUGUCCAAGAACGUCGGAGCACUCGAUCCCUCACGCAAAGAAUCUAAACACUAACUGAUAAAUCAAAAUAAUUGUUUUAUUUAAUUUUGCUAGAAAAGGGGAAUUAAAUAUAUUGUUAGGAUUAGGUUAUGCAAAUAAAAAAUAAUGUAAAUAAUAUUCUAGGAGAAGGUUCAUUUUAAAAUAUCACAUAUGAAAAAAGUCAUGACUUCUAUUUUAAUAUAUAAGAUAUUAACAACUCUACUAUUUAACUACAGUACUGCACUAAAUAAGUUAGAUAAUAUCAAAAUUUAAUUAAAGUAAUUUUUUUUUGCAACUUUAAUUAAAGUAAUUUUUAACGUAACUGUAUUCCAUUCCACAUCAUUCACGAUGAUUUUUUUAUUCUGAAUACCAUACUACAUUCCAUUUGUUUCCACUUAUUCCACAAGAUUUAAUGGAAUGAAUUCUUGUGGAAUAUGCCAUAUAUAUGUCAACAAGAAUUAUAUAUUGUUUCCACUUAUGGUAAGCCAUAUAUAUGCGUGGACCUACAUCAGUCGCGCAAACGAAGCGGUUGUGACAACCGUCGGAAAAGAGAAGAAAAUGACGAUUAACCUAACGAAAGAGGAGAAGGAAAAAAAAAUUGAGGCACACGGUAGUUGUGUUCAACAACUCUCUAAGGAACGUUUUUAUAAAUUGUUAUUCUUUU